ACCUGGGUGCGCGCGCCCAUCCCUCGUCCAGUACUCGCGCGCCCCUUUCUUUGUUCACACGUUCCAAGGACGCGUCAUAGGCGGCACACCCAACAGUGUGCGCUUUGCCUGGCCCCUUUGGCAGCUAACGGAAACCUGAGCCACUGACUCCAUUUGAAGGACCCGACCUUGCAGAAGUGCUCCUCAUGGGCAGUUACCUGAGCCGGCCCCGCCCUCGGCCGCUGUCCCCUUCUCUGCUAGGCGGGGACCCGCCCGAGACGCUUGAGAGCCUCGGGCCCGCGCACCCAGCCCGCAGUGUUCCUCUGACUUGCCGGGUUCACUCGGCGGCCCCGAGCCUGGACCUAACUCGCAGGCAGUCAUGCGAGAAUCUUGUGGCUUCACCUCGUCGUCGUCGGUACCGUCGGCGGUUUGCCAUAGUCCAUCUGCGGCAAUAUCCAAUCCAGCAGGCCCGGUGUUUAUUUCUGGGGGUCUUUUCCUCAGUGCCCCACACCCGCCAUCCGAAGCCUGUGCUGUCUGCCUGCAGGUCCAAGAUGUUCUGCACUUCAGUGAUCCUGAAGAUGGCAUCUGCUAAGGGCAAGCUGACGCUGCGUUUGGCUCUGAAGGAGACAGUCCUCUGUAUGUGGUCUUCGCUGUCUAGUCACCUCCCAAAUCCUUGUGUAAGGGAGACCUUGAUGAGGGCCCUCGAAGAGAAUGGUCAAGCGAAAGCCAAAGAAGAGAAAGACCUGACCUCCCUGGUUGAGAGCAGGGAAGAGCUGGCAAAGCCUGGAGAAGGGCACCCAGUCCCCAAGAGGCAGGAUGAUUUGAGAGGGGAUGCCGAGUGCAGUGGGAGCAUGCAGUCAGCAUUUAGGCGCCUGAUGGUCAACGGAGUCCUCUCUUCCUUUGUGCCCAGGCCGGGGCCUCUGAAGAGAGACUUCUGUUCUAUCAGCUUAGAAGACAGCCUGAUUAGGAAAUCCCACACCUGCUUUUUGAGCUCAUGCAGCAAACGCAAUGCCAUCACCAGUUCUUACAGCUCCACUCGAGGGUUCCCACCGCUGCCAAGGAGCUUCCCAGGCACAGCUGGGAUCCGAGGCCCAGCCUCAUACCAGCCCCAAGUGGCCGCAAAGAAAGCCAGUGAGGAAAGCUAUCAUUCUAGCUCUUCAGCCUCAGUAGAACCACAAAGGAAGAUCAAGCAUGAAAAUGUUGCAGAUGCACCUUCUGGGCAGAAGCAAAGUUUGAGGGAUCGCUCACCUCUACCUGACAGCUCCAGGCCCCAGAAGCGCAAGAUUCCUCUGCUGUUGUCCUCUAGGCGACAUGACUCACUGAUCCUGCUCCCACCACCCCAGGUGGGUUAUCGAGUCACUGCUGAAGACCUUGACUUAGAGAAGAGAGCUGCGAUCCAGUGGAUCAACAAGGCCUUGGAAGGAUGAUGGAGCUAAUAUCCAGAGCAAACUUGAGGACAGUGACAUCAUGACUCAUCUGCAUAUGAGCUGACCCUCAAAUCUGAGUACAUAUACUGUACUCUGUACUUGUAGUGCAAUAUUACAUUCCAUGUAGGGUCAUUUUGAUACUUAAAUAAGAUAAUCAUCUAAAGUGCUAA